AUGUCUUCUCCCAAGAUCGUCCUCUACACCAACCGCACCUGCCCCUGGGCUCACCGCGCCCACAUUGUUCUCCAGGAGCUCGGUCUCCCCUUCCAAGAGGUCACCAUUGAUUUGGAUACCCCACGCGAGCCAUGGUAUCUGGAAGUUAACCCGCGUGGUCUCGUUCCCUCCCUCUCCUACAAUGGUGAAGUGAUCACCGAAUCCGGCAUCGUCGCUCAAUUCCUCGCCGACGCGUACCCCUCCCACCUCGUGCCCCCGUCAAACACUCCCGAGGGAGCUCUGCAGCGCGCCCGCAUCGCCUUCUUUGUCGACACUUACUCCAGCAAAGCUGCCCCCCACUACAAUGCCGCCCUGCGUGGUGCUACCGAAGCCGACCGGAAGGCCGGCGUUGAGAGCUACGUAGCUGCUAUCAAGAAGGAGAUCGAGCCCCUCCUGUACCAGGGACUGGAGGGAAAGCAGCACGGUCCUUUCUUCGGUGGCAGCGAUAAAUUGACUUUGGUGGAGGUGCUGCUCGGAUCGUUCCUGAUCCGUCUGCACGCCUUCGCGGACAAGGAGGCUGACUUGAUCGACCCGGCCAUCUGGGAGGGAUUGGCGGAGGCGAAGAACUUCAGCCGUUGGGCGCAGGCGACUCGGGAGCAUCCUAGCGUCAAUGGUAUCUUUGAUGCUAAGGCAUGUGCUGACAGGACGAAGAAGAAGCUCUUGGCGAACAGGAAGUAG